GGCUGCCCAAGACUGCAGGGAGGUUGUUAGUUUGCUCACUUAGGGAAAGAGGUGAUCUGAGCCAUUACCAACGUGGGCUUAUGGGUAAAGGCAAACAAGACGGCUUGUUAACCAGGAACUAGGAAAAAAAAUAUGUCUGGGAGAUUGGUGAGCUGACUUCAGGUCAGAUAAAGGUUAUCGGUUGUCUGUAGUGAAGUUGAAAGCUUACUUUUCCUUGCUUUUUAAAAAUAAUAAUAAUAAAGAAACUAUGAUGGACCUAAUUUAAAAUCCCUGCUAAUAGAUUUCCUUGGAGAACACUCUUUCUGGAGACCAUCCUUCUACACUGACAGCCAGCACUAGCCAUGACAAAAGCAGAGUCUACUGGACAUUUCUUACUUACAGACAAAGGAAACACAGAAACCAGGCCAGAGAGAAGAGCCUGAGAAGGGAAACCACACUGGCCAAGGUGCCAGUAACUCUUUUUUUCUUGGUAACAGCUAUUUGUCUUCCACUACCGAAGAUGGCCUCGGUGCUCCCACGCCUCUGACCACGCAUGGUUCCCCGAUCUUAUUGGGAUCACAGUCAGCUUCGUCCACGCACUGUCAUGGACUCGUGGCUUCCUAAUGGUGACAAUGAGCUCCUCUUCAGAUAGUACCUUCCAGUCCGUCCUCUGCUGCUGCUGUUGCUGCUCAGUGCAGAAGAGACAAGUGAGAACACAGAAAAGCCUGAGCAAAAAUGAAGAACUUUCAGAAAAAUAUUCACAGCAUCAAAGGCCAUGGUUCUCCAGACUGAUGAACAAGGACCAAUCGAACAGAAGCAGAGUGCAACCCUCAAAACGCAAGCCGCUGCCUCCCCUCCCGGUCUCCGAGCUUGCUGAAGAGAAGAUCCAGGUCAAGGCUCUGUAUGACUUCCUGCCUCUGGAGCCCUGUAACUUGGCACUGAAGAGAGCAGAGGAGUAUAUUAUAUUGGAGAGGUGUGACCCUCACUGGUGGAAGGCCAGAGACCAUCUGGGGAAUGAAGGCUUAAUCCCAAGCAACUAUGUGACAGAAAACAGACUCACCAACUUAGAAAUAUAUGAAUGGUACCAUAAAAACAUCACUAGAAACCAGGCGGAGCGCCUAUUGAGGCAAGAGGCUAAAGAAGGUGCAUUUAUUGUGAGAGAUUCAAGACACUUGGGAUCUUACACAAUUUCUGUAUUUACAAGAGCUGGAAGGCCUACACAGUCUUCAAUAAAACAUUAUCACAUUAAAAGGAACGAUGCAGGACAGUGGUAUGUCACUGAAAGGCGCCUCUUUCCAUCAGUUCCAGAGCUGAUCCAGUAUCACCAGUACAAUGCAGCUGGUCUCAUGACCCGUCUCCGCUAUCCUGUUGGGCUCCUGGGCAGCUGUUUACCCGCUACAGCUGGCUUUAGCUACGAAAAGUGGGAGAUUGAGCCAUCCGAGCUGGCUUUUGUUAAGGAGAUCGGAAGCGGUCAGUUUGGGGUAGUCCACUUAGGACAGUGGAGAGCACAUAUCAAGGUCGCCAUCAAGGCCAUUAAUGAAGGUUCCAUGUCUGAAGAAGAUUUCAUGGAAGAGGCCAAAGUGAUGAUGAAACUGUCACAUUCCAGGCUAGUUCAGCUUUACGGGGUGUGUAUACGGCAGAAGCCCAUCUACAUAGUGACGGAGUUCAUGGAAAACGGCUGCCUGCUUAACUAUCUCAGGGAGAGAAAAGGCAAGCUCCAGAAGGUGUUGCUCUUGAGUGUGUGCCAGGACAUAUGUGAGGGCAUGGCGUACCUGGAGAGGAACUGCUAUAUUCACAGGGAUCUGGCAGCAAGGAACUGUUUAGUCAGCUCUGCCUGUGUAGUGAAGAUCUCAGACUUCGGGAUGACGAGGUACGUUUUGGACGAUGAUUAUAUCAGUUCUUCUGGAGCUAAGUUUCCGGUCAAGUGGUCCCCGCCUGAAGUUUUUCUCUUUCACAAGUACAGUAGCAAGUCUGACGUCUGGUCAUUUGGAGUUUUAAUGUGGGAAGUCUUUACAGAAGGAAAAAUGCCUUUUGAAAAUAAGUCAAAUUUGCAAGUGGUGGAAGCCAUCUCUAAAGGCUUCCGGCUGUACCGCCCUUACCUGGCCCCCAUGUCCAUCUACAGAGUAAUGUACAGCUGCUGGCAUGAGAACCCUAAAAGCCGCCCGACGUUUGCCGAACUGCUUCACGUUCUCACAGAGACUGCAGAAACCUGGUGACCUGAAAUGGAAUGCCAGCCCACAGGGUCAUCUUGCCAAACUAUCACAAUGUGAAAUCACGGGCAUCACUGAUCGGGAAGAUCUUCUAUUAGGGUUGUUGACUCUUGGCCACAGAGCAAAGGUCGCAGGCUUUCCACACUGAUUUCAAUGCAAAUUAUUCUGAUAGUAGCCUUUCUGUGUGUGUGAGAGGGGCUCUGGACUACACAUCCUUCACUCUCUGUAUGUGAAGGGAGUAGACUCUACGUCAGCCUUCCAAGUGGCUUCUUCAUGAUUGGAGCCCCGGAACCCUUGAGUGUGCAUGAAACUCUGAUUCUUCAUAAGAAGCUAAGGCAACUUCUUUUCCUGAGGACUGACAUUCUUCUCUGGAGUGGUCCAUGCAGAGAGGA